AUGAAUUCUGUGCUAUUAUCCCUCUUUGCGCUAAUGGCCGUCCAGGUGUCUAUGGUAUUCGGUUGGGGUUAUCGAGCCUCUGACCAGAGACGAUGGGCUGUGCUGCAUCCAGCUUGUGGGGGACGCCAGCAGUCGCCGAUAGCUAUAUCGGCUCGCCAAGCCAUCCCGAUUUCGAUCCCAGCUAUGGAGCUUAUCGGUUAUCAAAACCCCCUACCGGGACCUUUGACUAUAACUAACAAUGGACAUUCUGUUGCCCUAACUAUCCCAAAAUAUUCAUCGGAAGAAGAAAAGAAGGGUUUCCGUUUGCCCUACAUUUUCGGUGGACCACUAGACAACGAAUACGAAAUUGAGGGUCUUCACUUCCACUGGGGAGACAAGAACAACCGUGGUUCGGAACACACUCUUAACGAUAUGCGUUUGCCUCUCGAGAUGCAUAUCAUCCACAGAAACAAAAAGUACAGAAGUCUCACGGAAGCUCUACAGCACCCAGAUGGUCUUUGCGUACUUGCCUUCUUCUACCAGGUUGUCGAAUUCGACGCUAAACUACUGACACCAAUUGUUAAGAACUUAUCCACCAUCGAGAACUACAAUACCAGCAUGCAGCUUCCCCACACUUUCUCUUUGUCUUCAAUCCUGUCUGGUCUGGACACCGAACGCUUCUACACUUAUAAGGGAUCCCUGACCACCCCACCUUGCGCUGAAGCUGUCACAUGGGUCGUUUUCUCUGACUACCUCCCGAUUUCUGUGUUUCAGAUGGACAACUUCCGCGGCCUCCUGUCCAACCUGAACUUGCCGCUCGUUGACAACUUUAGACAGCUCCAACCUCUGUUUGGUCGACGAGUCUUCGUCCGCAUCACAUCAAAGAACCCCAAAUUCAAGAAGACUAAGCUCCACUACUCCAAAUGGGAUUGGGUUGGCCACAAGAAGGCCGAAAAUGACGUCAACGAAUUCGACGACUAA